GUGCUUGUUCCUUUAAGACAGUGAGGAAGUGAAGACGAGCAACUUUCGUUUCCUUCGCGAAACAUUUUUUUUAAUUUAUACCUGAGUCUUGUUCUUUAGAAAGGGGAAGUAAAAGCUCUACUGACAAAUACUGCUACCGGGACAGAGCUGGUUUGAGUUCUUCUGCCUCUCAGGGGUACAAACCUUUCAGUGUGGUUCCCGCGAGGAGACAUGAUGGAGGCAGCUGAUGAGGAAGACUUGCUCAGGGAUGCUAAUCAUCUGGUAGCACCUCCUAUUGGUGGCAGAAACGAACUGCUGGAUGUGGGGCAGGAAGACAACAUGCAGGGCCAGAUGGAGGAGUUUCUGGGCCCGCAGGCUGAGUACAACGAGGAGGAGGAGGAGAGGAAGUACUACAGGAGGAAGAGGCUGGGAGUCAUCAAGAACGUUCUUGCAGCCAGUGUUGGAGCCAUGGUUGUGUACAGUGUGUACAUGGGCCUACUGCAGAUGCAGCUAAUCCUCCAUUAUGAUAUGACCUACCGCGAGGUGAAGUACAGCAAUCUUGGCCUGGAGGACAUUGACCACAAGAUGCUGAUGGGCAUCAACGUCACGCCCAUCAUAGGCCUGCUGUACACCCCUAUUCUUAUCAGGUUUCUAGGUACAAAGUGGAUGAUGUUCCUAGCUUCGGGAAUCUACGCACUCUUUGUCUCAACCAAUUACUGGGAGCGUUACUACACCUUGGUUCCAUCAGCUGUAGCUAUCGGCGUUGCCAUUGUGCCACUCUGGGCCUCCUUGGGAAAUUAUAUCACUAGGAUGGCGCAGCAGUACUACGAGUACGUCAACUACAAGGACGAAAAUGUGCAGGAGCAGAAGAAGCUUCCUAAGGGGGCGUGCCACAGCUACAUCAUCAUCUUUCAGUCAGUCUUCUUCAUCAUAUUCCAUCUGAGUUUUGUCUUUGCUGAGUUCCCCAUGCGUUUCAUCCUCAACCGCUACCUGCAUGACAACAACCACACUCUCUGCAAUGUGCACUCCUGCGGAGCAAAUAUCAGUGGAGUGAUCCCCGGCUUCAACACCACCGUGCUGACCAGCCUGCCUCGCUCCAUGCUGCUCAUCCAGGUGGAGAGUGUCCUCAUGGGCUUCGCCUUCUUUUCCAUGAUCAUCUUCCUGGUGCUGUGUGGUGCUGCCUACCGCCCGACAGAAGAAAUCGACCUCCGCAGUAUCGGCUGGGGAAACAUCUUCCAGCUACCUUUCAAACACCUGAGAGACUACCGCCUGCGGCUGCUCUGCCCCUUCUUCAUCUACAGCGGAUUUGAAGUGCUGUUUGCUGUCACCGGAUUCUCCUUGUCCUAUGGCGUCUGCGUUGUGGGCCUGGACAAACUGUGGCUCCUUAUAGUCGUCUAUGGCCUCUCCGCCUCCGUCUUUUCCUCCCUCUCCCUUUCCCUCUUACGCUUCCCUCGCUGGCUGUGUUUGGUGGGGGGCGCUGCUGUGCAUGUGGUGCUGCUGGUGGUUCUUCUGGCGUGGUCUCCACCAGCUAACAAUCUCCAUUAUCUGGGCCCUCUGUUGGUGAUCUCUGCACUGUGGGGACUCGGCACCGCCCUGAACAAGACUGGCGUCAGCAUUCUGCUCGGGAUGCUGUACGCUGAGGAUAAAGAACGUCUGGACUUUGUCUACACCAUCUAUCACUGGUGGCAGGCCAUCGCCAUCUUCAUAGUGUACCUCUGGUCCAACAUGCCAAUGAGGGCCAAACUCUCCAUCCUGUUGGCCACUUUAUUGCUGGCCUGCUACUGUUAUUGGGUGAUGGAGCGUCGGCUGGCCGUGAGAGUGCCUUUCAGGUUGCCUCGCAUCCCUCGGCCACGGCACAAGGUCAAAGGCUACCGCUAUCUGGAAGAGGAUAACUCAGAUGAAUCAGACUCUGAGAGAAGUGAGGAUGAGGGGGAGAAGGAGGACGAAGAGCAUGUGGUGGAGGAGAUGGGAGCAGAGGAUAGAGAGGAAGGAGGCCAAGACGCAGAGGCCCAGGGAGCUGACUCACCCGGAGCCAGGAGGAGAGGAGCAGAGGGUCACCGUCUCAGACGGGAGGACGCCCAUGUGAAGGAGGGAGAGAGGGAGGAGCAUGAGUGAGGAUGAGAGAAAGGAUAAAAUGAUAAAAUGGGUAGAAAUAAGGGGAGAUGGCGGACAGAUGACAGAUACAGAAGAGGAAGAGAGAGAUGCUGUUGUGUUCAUAACUCCACUGCCGUUUUUACAUGUAUUUAUACUUGGAUGUAAUUCUUACAUUCUGCACUAAACAAAAGCAUUUUGGAAUCGGCUUUAAUUAAAAAGCUUCAAUAAUCUGUUUAACUAAAAUCACAACAGUGAUCCAGAAGAAAUGGUACCGAAACUGAAAAUACUAUGUUGCUGUUUAACAAUCAAUAUGGCAAUCUUUAAAGGUAGGACACACUGGAUAAUACACAACUACAACUGAAUUCAAAACAACAAUUUCUUUUGCUGCACAGUUUGUGGCUCCUAUUUACCAAAUGUGUCGAUAAUUAUAGAGAGCAAUUUUACUUGCUUUUGUGCUUCAUCAAGUAUAAAACAUAUUCUGUGACAUAUAAACUGGUUUCAUGUUAAAAAGUGUUCUUAUCUGAAAAGACUGAUCGAUUUUCAUCCUCAUGGUGAAGUGUGGGUUGAUGGAGUCAUUUUUAGAGAGUUUAGUUACAGGAUGACUAUGCUUACAGGAUAAGCAUAGUUUAUCUAGUUAUAGUUAAGCAUAGAUUAACUAUAUUUGUUCUUCUGUCUUUGUUUAACUCCAACCCCUUCACUUGGGCACAUUUCUUAGAGAAACCAAGCUAACUCGAGCUAUUGUCAGAAUCUCAGACACGUGUCUGUUGUCUGAUGUAUCUCUUAGGAGGAGUUAAACACAGUUUUUGCAGAGUUUGGAAAUUAAUAUGAAUGUAUAUUUUUGCUUCUGCAACAGGUACCAGUCAUAAGUCAUGCCCAUAAGGUGUGAUAUUUUGGUAAACAGUGUCUUUGGGGAUAUAAUAAUUAAUAUGUGGAGUGUCUCAAUUGUUUUAAAUAAAGUAAUCUACAAUACAAGAGCUAACCAGAUUAAGAAAUGAAUUAAUCAUGAGAUUAAGGGCGUGCAGUGAGCUCAGUUGGUAGAGCACGUGCCCCAUGCUGAGUCCUUACUGCUAUGGCCCGGGUUCGACUUAAGCCUGUGGCCCUGUGUGUUGGCCCCUAUCUCUCCCUCAUUUCAUCACCCUAUCCACUGUCCUGUCAAAUUCAUUAUUAGUAUGCUAAUGAUAGUAUGCUAACAUGCUCACAGUAACAAUGUUAACAUGCUGAUGUUGAGCAAGUAUGAUGUUAAUGUUCUCCAUCUUGUUUAGUGUGGUAUGAUGAUAUCAUUUGCCAAAUAGCUCUAAACAGAAAGUACCGCUGAGGCUGAUGGGAAUUGCAGUAUUUCAUAUCGUAUCAUUAACCAAAGUAAUUGACAAAUUAAAAUGUUUACCUAAUGGUGCUAGAUGACACCAUAAAGUCCGGGUAUCAUCAAAGUUAAAAUGUAUUCUGAGGUGGACAUGAAUGUCUGAAUCAAUUUUAGUUGCAAUCCAUCUCAUAGUUGUUCAGGCUCAAAACUACAAAUGUCAACCUCCUGGUGGGAAAAGAAAAGUCAGAGAAUCACCAAAGUCAUUAGGAUUCAAAGCCUGGGGACCGUGAAUGUCUGUACAAAAUGUCAUGGCAAUCUAUCAAAUACAUGUUGAGAUAUUUCAGUCUGGACUAAAGUGGUGGACUGACUGACAGUGCAGUUCAAAGAGUCAUGCCGCUAGCAUGGUUAAAAAACAGAAGUAACUAUUUAUACAAGACCUUGUACAACAAACAAAAAAUCACAAGGUCAUUCAUUUAUUUGUUCAAAAGGGUGUGCUUCCAAAUAUUAAGUUGAGGGUGCCAAUAAUUUUGUCCAGUCCACUUUUGGAGUUCUGUGUGGAAUGUCUCAGAUUUGGCUUUUUUUCUUUUUUGUUGUGUUGUUCCAAUGCAAACAAAAUAAAUAAACACGAGAAUACCAAAGAA